AUGUCUUUCUUUAAUAAGUUGACUAGUAAGCUCGAUGAGCUAAACCUUGGUGGUUCCGAAAAGCCACGGGAGCGAGAAGGAUAUUCAAGCCAUCAAAAUUAUCCACCUCCUUCUCAGCAAUACGGUAGCAGCCACGGCCGAGAUCCAUAUCCGCCGAACCCGCCAAACCCUCAAUACGGUGGUACUGGUGGUUACCCGCCUCAACACGGAAGCAAUUAUAAUUCUCCUCCGCCUGGAAAUUAUCAUACCCCCCCACCGCCUGGUAACUAUAGCAGCCCCCCGCCGCCUGUUCCGGGUGCCGGUCCUACUUAUUCGCCACCAUCGGAUAAGCCUCCAAUCCCGGCCGGUUGGAUACCACAAUUUGACCAACAGUACCAACGCUGGUAUUACCACGAGCAGGCAACCGGCCAUUCGCAAUGGGAAGCACCAGGUUACCAUGCUGGAGGCGGCCAAACCGGAGGUGACAGAGGAUGGGGAUCUCACGGCGAAUCUAACUAUUCAUCUCAUGGCGCACCGGGUUAUGGCGCGCCGAGCCAUGGUUAUCCCCAAGAUUCGCACGGUUAUAGUUCUCAUGGAGGCCAUGGUGAACAGGGCGGAUAUGGAUACAGCCACGGAGAUCAAAGCUACGGGCAUCAGCAGGGAGAAGAUUACAAUAGGCAAGGAAGCGAAGAGAAGAAAAAGAAAAAGGACCAUAGCGGCCUCUUAAUGGGUGCUGCCGGUGGUCUAGCUGUAGGUGCUAUCGGCGGCGCAUUAAUAGCCAACGCUCUCGAUGACUCGGAUGAUGAACAUCAUCAAGCCGCACCGGCUCCGGUCUACGCAGCUCCACCUCCCGCCCCUGUUUAUGAGCCGGUUUAUGAACCAGCGUACAAUGCAGAGGGUGAGUAUGUGGAUGCCAGCGAUCGAGAGUCUGUACGUUCCGCUCGUGAAGAUUACGAGGAAGCCCUUGCCAAGGCGCAAGAUUCCGACGCCAGCAGUAGCGAUUUCGAAGAGCUCGAAGAGGCUCGGGAGGAGUACCAAGAGGAGUACGAGGAGGCAUAUGAAGAUUAG